AUGGUGGAAGACGGCGGCGAGGAGGAGGCGGAAGGGGAGAGCGAGAGCGGGGAGAUGCCGGCGGCCGCCGCCGUUCCCCCACUACAGCGCUGCAACGGCUUCCUCCCCGGCAAGGAGGCGGAGGACGGCGAGCGGCCGGCCACGGCGGGCGGCGGGGAGCGGUCGGCGGCGGAGGCCGAGGCCAUGCUGCUGGCGGGCGGUGGGCGGCUGGAGACGCGCCUGUCGCCGCGGCGCCUGGCGGUGCUGGCCGUCUUCAGCUGCUACUCGCUGGUGAACGCUUUCCAGUGGAUCCAGUACAGCAUCCUCAGCAACGUCUUCGCCAGCUUCUACGACGUCUCAUUCACGCAAAUAGACUGGCUCUCCAUAGUCUACAUGGUGGCCUACGUGCCGCUGAUCCUCCCCGCCACCUGGCUGCUCGACGCCCGCGGCCUGCGCCUCACCGCCCUGCUGGGCGCCGGUCUCAACGGCCUGGGCGCCUGGCUCAAGUGUGCCAGCCUGGCCCCCGACCGGUACGCACUCACCCUGGCCGCUCAGACCGUCUGCGCCGUCGCUCAAGUCUUCAUCCUGGGGCUGCCCUCACGCAUAGCAUCUGUUUGGUUUGGCCCCACCGAGGUUUCCACUGCCUGCGCUGUAGCCGUGCUGGGCAACCAGCUUGGGACUGCAAUUGGCUUUUUAUUGCCGCCUGUUUUGGUUCCAAAUACACCUGAUGAUGUUGGUCUGAUGGCACAUAACAUCAGCAUCAUGUUCUACGGAACAGCAAUAGUGUCCACACUUUUGUUCUUCUUAACAGGAGUUGUGUUUGAAGAAAAGCCCAAAUACCCUCCUAGUCACUCUCAAGCGGUCCUGCAAACUAUGCCUCCUGAGAAUUACUCCUACAAGCAAUCAAUUAUUAAUUUGUUCAGAAAUAUUCCAUUUGUACUCUUGCUGAUCAGUUAUGGUAUUAUGACUGGGGCAUUUUAUUCUGUCUCAACGUUAUUAAACCAGAUGAUAGUAACUCAUUAUGAGGGAGAAGAAGUGAACGCUGGGAGAAUUGGCUUGACACUGGUGGUGGCAGGAAUGGUGGGUUCGAUUAUUUGUGGUUUGUGGCUGGAUUACACUAAAACAUACAAGCAAACUACUUUGAUUGUUUACAUUCUCUCUUUCAUUGGUAUGCUGGUAUUUACUUUCACCCUGGACCUUGGAUACCUUAUAAUAGUAUUUGUGACUGGAGGAGUACUCGGGUUCUUCAUGACUGGUUAUCUCCCACUUGGGUUUGAAUUUGCUGUGGAAAUUACAUACCCAGAAUCUGAAGGCACUUCCUCAGGACUCCUUAAUGCAUCAGCACAGAUAUUUGGAAUUGUCUUUACACUUGUUCAAGGAAAACUCACAACAGACUACAGUCCUCGAGCAGGAAACCUCUUUCUUUGUGCUUGGAUUUUUGUGGGCAUUAUCUUAACAGCCUUAAUAAAAUCAGAUUUGCGAAGACACAAUGUGAAUUCAGGGAUUACAAAUUUGGAUGUUAAAGCUGUGCCAAUUGACAGUCCUGCAGAACCUGAGAGUACUACAUUAAAAAUUCAGUCAGCUUUAUAA